AGAGCCUUUGCAUCCCUGCUACCCCGGGUAGAGAUUGUCUUGGAGAGAAAUAGCUGUCUGGUAGAAUUCCCCCUUCUUCCCCAUCCCACCUCAGCUCUGGUGCAAUAGGAGCGUGCAGCGAUAGUGCGCACCCGAGUGGCCGCUAGGAGCCAGGAGGCCGCGGCGUCACUGGGUCCGGACCUUGUGAUCGCCCAGCAGUAACUGUUCCCCCUCCCCGCCACUGCGUGUUCGCGCGGCGUGUUUACUUCUGGUACCCGGGUCCCCUCCUCUGUGUCAUCUCCCUGCAUUCUGGUCCUCUGGUCUCCAUGGAGCAGCUGCUGCGCGCCGAGCUGCGCACCAAGACACUGCGGGCCUUUGGGAGCUCAGGGGCCGGCUGCAUCAGCGAAGGCCGUGCUUACGACACCGACGCUGGUCCGGUGUUUGUCAAGGUCAACCGCAGGACGCAGGCCCGGCAGAUGUUUGAGGGAGAGAUGGCAAGCCUGGAGGCCCUCCGCAGCACUGGCUUGGUGCGGGUACCUAAGCCCAUGAAGGUGAUUGACCUGCCAGGAGGUGGGGCUGUUUUCGUGAUGGAAUAUUUGAAGAUGAAGAGCCUGAGCAGCCAGGCAUCAAAGCUCGGAGACCAGAUGGCAGAUUUGCACCUUUACAACCAGAAGCUCAGGGAGAAGGCCAAGGCCCGGGAGAACACAGUGGGCUGUGGGGCUGAGAAUGCUGAGUCCCAGGGUGUGACCAAGUUCGGCUUCAACACAGUGACGUGCUGCGGCUUCAUCCCACAGGUGAAUGAAUGGCAGGAUGACUGGCCAACCUUUUUCACACAACACCGGCUCCAAGCACAGCUGAACCUCAUUGAAAGGGACUAUGCUGACCGAGAAACACAAGAACUGUGGUCAAGACUACAGGUGAAGAUCCCGGACCUGUUCUCUGGUGUAGAGAUUGUCCCCGCCCUGCUCCAUGGAGACCUCUGGUCUGGCAAUGUGGCUGAGGAUGACCAGGGGCCCAUUAUUUACGAUCCAGCUUCCUUCUAUGGCCAUUCUGAGUUUGAACUGGCAAUCGCACUGAUGUUUGGGGGGUUCCCCAGAUCCUUCUUCACUGCCUACCACCAGAAGAUCCCCAAGGCUCCAGGGUUCGACAAGCGCCUGCUGCUCUAUCAGCUCUUCAACUACCUAAACCACUGGAACCACUUUGGGAGGGAGUAUAGAAGCCCAUCCUUGGGCGUGAUGAGGAAGCUGCUCAGGUAGCAGAGGGCUGGGACCCAAUAAAAAGUCAAAUCGGGACCCCGACUGGGCUAAUUUGGAGUUGGCCUCCAACAAAUUCAUCAAGAAUGGGCUGUGAGGCUGCAGCAGUGCUGACAGAGGGGGCUGUGUAUGUAGCUCCUGCUGAUACUGGCAUCUGAUACAGCAUCACUGUUCCCAGCAAGUUCCCACCUCAGCGGCUGCAGCCCCAAGUGCCACAGUUGGGUAGGAUGGACCACCCCCACCAUGACUCUGGUCAUUCAGUUGCAAUCGCCACUGGACCCUCUCCAGUACCUCACUUUUUUUCCUACUUUUUUUUUAGACAUUAUUUUGUGUGUAUGUGUGUUCAAAUGUGUGUGUAUAGGUUAGAGUACAAACCUUGUGUUUUCUCUUCUUCCACUAUGUGGGAACCAAACUUGUAGGUUAUCCACAACAUAUCCAAGAAGACUGCUCUGACAUGGAUUUAAGCCAAUAGAAACUCUUUAUUAGCCAGCCAGUAACUACAGCAGUUUGGAAUCUCAGCAUAGCAUUGAGUCUUUCUCAGGGUGAGCUUUUUGUUUGUUUUGUUUUUCAAGACAGGGUUUCUCUGUGUUGCUUUGGAGCCAGUCCUGGAACUAGCUCUUGUAGACCAGGCUGGCCUCAAACUCACAGAGAUCCGCCUGCCUCUGCCUCCCAAGUGCUGGGAUUAAAGGCGUGCGCCACCAUCGCCCGGCUCAGGGUGAGCUUUUAAGCGCAAAAACCAUAUCCUGGACUGAUAUAUUUUAUUUAACAAGAACAGUUGGUCAGAAGCGGAACUACAGAAGCCAAAAAAAGCAAGGUUAGUACAUUUAGAGACUGUCCUAGAACUAUGGAUUUUGAUGGGUUAGGUUUUUGUUUUCAGUUUAACUGGUGGGUGUUGUCUACAUGCUGAGUUUUAUAGUCUGAACGGUACUUCCACCAUGGAAAGAAAGCCUGGGGCUCUAUUACACACUCGGAGUUCUGAGACUUAGUGCGGGAGAUUUUAUCCACUAAACUAUCUCAUCCCUUCACCACCCCACUUUCCAGUGAGAU